AUGAAAGCUAUCAUACUAAGAAGAUACAAAAGAAGAACCAACUGGGGCUCAACACCCUUAGAGGAGAUGGGAGAUGUUCGGGGCAGAAAAUCCAUCUGAUUGAUGGCGAAGGACAGAAAUAUUGACAGGUCAACACUGCGGAGGUAUAUAGAAAAGAAGGAGGUAAAGAAAGUCAAAACAGUAGGAUACAGUGGAACAGCGGAAGCCAAGAAGGUCUUCACAGAAGAGGUAGAAAAGGAGCUUGCCGAUCACAUCACAACGUUGGCUGAGCAGUUCCAUGGCCUCACUCCAAAGAAAUGCUGUGAACUGGCAUUCCAGUUUGCACAGAAAAACAACAUCCCUGUCCCCAACAACUGGACAGAGAAGUGUCUAGCGGGUACGGUGUGCAGGAAAUUACAUUAUUCAUUAAGACAAGGCUGACAUCUGUGGUUUCAUGCUACGGUAUCUAAAUAGAAUUUAUUAUAUUUCGUUGGGUUAAGAUUGGUUCAAGAACUUUAUGCCAUUCCGCCAUCUCUCCUGUUGUGUGCCUGAAGCAACAUCUUUGGGAGGAGCUACAGCCUUCAACAAAACUACAGUUGAGGAGUUCUUUGACAAUCUGACCAUAGUGAUGGACAGGGGACAG